AUGAUUAUACCCCAAGAGACAAACGGCGCUCCCGCAAAGCAAGACUACCGCUUCAAGCGUGGCUCCAAGCUCACCGACUUUCCACCCGUCCACCCCGAGGUUGCUGUACCCCCUCUCUCAUCAUUUGAUGGGCCCUUCCAGCUCGCAGAGUAUCUCAGCCUCAAGGUGCGGGCGGACCCCCACGACAUCCGUGGACUCGUCGACGUUCCCUCUGACAACGCCAAGGCUGCCGACAAGCAUGUGUGGAUCUACGAGCACCUUCGGCGGAUACCGAUCGACGCGACGCCGCUCAUCACGCAGCUUGUUCAGAUGUGCUCGCGCGAGACGUGUCCCGAGAUGAAGGCCGCCGAGUGGCAGUAUCUCUGUGUCGCGCACGGCGGCGAAGGCACUGACAAGUGCUGCGCUAUUGAUUAUAUCCUCCAUGCGGUCGACUCGACGACGGCGCUGCUAAACUCUUCAAACUACUUUCCCUCGAGGCUGCAAAUCCCGCACGCGUCGCUCGCGCACUUUCCAUCCCUCUUCCGCCGGUUGUCGCGCAUCUUUAGCCACGCCUACUUCCAUCACCGAGAGGCGUUCGCGACCGCCGAGGCCGAGACAAGCCUGUAUGCGCGCUUCGUCGCCCUCUGCGAGAAAUACGAGCUCGUGUCGUCCAACCUCCUCAUCAUUCCUCAGAGCGGUUACGAGGUCACGGUCAUGGGGGAUGGGUGGGGUGACGACGACGAGGACAAGGCCGAGGACGAGGGCGAGGAGGAGGAGGACGGUCACGAGGAGAGACACGAGGACUAUGAGGGCGGCGAGGACAAGGACGCCACGCCGUCUGACGACGACAAGUCGCCAAGUGCCGAGGACAUGGUCGACGACGACAGGCCGGACGAAGCGUCGUCGCCGCCAGCCGACUCUGGCCUCAAACACAACCUCGGGAGAUACACGAGCCCGGGCAAGUGGACGACGUCGCCCGUCCAGCCCGCGACGAAGGGCAAGCCGGCCCCAGCGCACACAUCCGAGUCGCUCAGCCCACCAAGCACGCGCGCGUCACUAGAUGACUACGACGAGGAGAAGCCGCUGCCCAAGGCGAACACGACCAAGCGCGGCACGCUGAGCCGUGGCAAGGCGCCGCGCGCGGCGAAUGUCUGGACAGCGGAGAAGGAGGCCGAGGGUGAGGAGGUCGUCCCGGAAGUGCCGCAGCUUCCGACCUCGCCAGGUAUCGGGAUGGCGCGUAAGGAGAGCGUCGACAGUGUAGUCUACGUCGGCAAGGAGGAGGAUGAUGAUGAGGUGCUCGCCGCCGACGAGCCUGUCCUUCCAGAGGCGCAGAUCUUUGCGUCACCAGCGGCGGCCGCGCCAUCUGUCCUUGAGCCGACCCAUGACGCUGAGACAGAGGACGAGCCGCGGCCCUCUUCGUCUACCUCACCCGAGAUGAUCUCCCUCGCGAUCCCUCCCCAGGCCCCGGCAAAGAGCACACUCGCCACCUCACCCCGUUCUGAAUUGCAGGCACGGCCGGGCGAUGGCGGACGCGACCAGCUUGGUGUCUCGCCCCGUGGGACGACGGGACGGCGGGGAGGACGCAAGAACCGCGUUCCACGCUCACCCGGGAAGAAGGGGCAGCAGCGCGAGGAACACUAA